AUGUGGUCCAACUUGACAGGCCAGCCCUCCAUCUCCCCGGGAGCUGACUCCUCCAUCACCCCUCGCAUCACCUCUGUGUCCGUGACCCAGGAAGAAGGCGUCCUCGCCCCUCUGCUCUGCAUUUCCGAAAGUACUGCACACACUCAGAGGACCCUGGGUAAACCGAGAGCCAGCCCUGCACCCCAUGGCAAUGCACCCACGGCCCUGUACCCACGGCCCUGCACCCACGGCCCUGCACCCACGGCCCUGCACCCCAUGGCCCUGCACCCACGGCCCUGCACCCCACAGCCCUGCUCCCACCCAGCCUUGGUUGUCAUGGCCACUUCAGGAAAGGACACCAGUGUUUUCAGAGCUCCUGCUUCGUGCAGUCAGGCAGUGCUUGGGGCCAUGGGUCCUGGCACCCACAGCCCUGCAUCCACAGCCCUGCACCCACGGCCUUGCACCCACAGCCCUGCACCCACAGCCCUGCACCCCAUGGCCCUGCACCCACGGCCCUGCACCCCACAGCCCUGCUCCCACCCAGCCUUGGUUGUCAUGGCCACUUCAGGAAAGGACACCAGUGUUUUCAGAGCUCCUGCUUCGUGCAGUCGGGCAGUGCUUGGGGCCAUGGGUCCUGAAAGCAGUGCUCAAUCCAGCGUCCUGGUUCUGGGGGAGGACGAGAGCCACAGGAACAGACCCAAGCUGCCCAACCCGGCCAGCGAGAGUAGCUGCCCCCGGCUGCCCGCAGACCUGCAGGUUGAAGGCUUCGUGGACAUUGUCGGCAGCAUGAUGGCGGCCAUCGUUCACUGA